CCGCGGUCGGUGUGUGUGCCCGCCCGGCGGCCGGCGGGAUGGAGGCGUUGCGCGCCGGGGCGGUUGUGCCGGUGCUGGUGGAGCAGGUGGUGGAGGACGCGCUGCUGGUCACCCUGUGCUGCGGAGCCCGCAGCUUCACCGGCAUCCUCCUCGACUGCAACAAAAAGUCCGGCCUGUUCUGCCUCCCUCCACUGUCUCCGCCCACCCAAGAGGACCCGCCGCCGCCGCCGUCUGGCCCGCCCUGGGACCCCCCGCCGACACCUGGUCCGCCCUGGGACCCCCCGCCCCCAGCUGCCGCCACCGCCCCCAUGCUGCCCCUCGGGCCUGUAGCCCCGGAGGGGGACCCACUGCCUGCGGGCCAGGCGCCCCCCUACCCGCCGUACUUCGAGGGCGCCCCGUACCCGCCGCCCCUCUGGCUGCGCCACACGUACAGGCAGUGGGUGCCCCAGCCACCCCCGCGGGGGCUGAAGCGGAGCCGCCGUCGCCGCCGUCCAUCCACACGGCCGCGCCCGCCAGGCCGCCUGACCCCCAGCACCAUCCGCCUGCGCCCUCGACGUGUCCUCUGCCAGAACUGCCAGACCACCCUGGGCCCUGACCAGCCUGCCCACGCCCCCCGCCGCCGCCCCGGGCCCACCGCCGCCUCGCCCUCGCCUCCGGCCCGCCGCCAUGGCCACCGCGAAGGGACAGCUGAGCUGGGUGGCGGGGCCGGCCGGGGGCGGCCGGAGCGGGGGGCGGCGAGGGGCAGGGCCGGCCGGGGCGGGCGCGGCGAGGCGGUGCCCCGCAGCCCUGUCAUCAAGAUCUCCUACAGCACCCCGCAGGGCACGGGGGAGGUGGUGGAGAUCCCCUCCCGCAUCCACGGGUCGCUCCAGCCCUUCUGCCCGCCACGGGGCCCCCUGGAGCCUGCCGCCCCACCAACCUCCAUCCCCAAGCUGAAGCUGACGCGGCCCGGGCUCCCGCCCGCCGUCCCUCCUCCACCCAAGAUCCGCCUGAAGCCGCAGCGGCCGGGUGGCGGGGACAAUGCCGUGUCCGUCUACAAGGCGGAGCUAGUCGGGGAGCCCGGCCUCCCAACUGGAGAGCCCCUCCUCGGUCCCCCGUCCCCGCCGGCCUUCUUCCCCGGCCGGGCCUCAGGGCCGGGCUCGGCCCGGGUGUCCUCGGGAAGCGAGGAGGAUGCAGUCGAGGAGGAAGAGGAGGAGGAGGACAGGGGUGACACCCACGCCGCCCGCCGCUUCCGGGGCUUCGGCCGAGGGCAGGCCGGCCGGGACGACCUCGCCUUCCUGGUCAAUUACCACAAGAGGAGGGCCGAUUCCUCCAGCCUGUCAGUGUGUAGCAAUGACAGCCUGGAUGAGUCCAAGUCGUCCAGCUCGGAGGCGGCAUCGCCCGCCCCUUGUGACUUCCUGCCGGGUGACGACCUCUCGGUGUCGUCGUCGUCGUCCUCCCGGGACGAGCGCAAGACGGUGCCCCCGCUGACAGUCCGGCUGCACACGCAGAGCGUCCCCCGCUGCGUGACAGAGGACGGGAGGACCGUCUCGGUCGGGGACGUCGUGUGGGGGAAGAUCCACGGCUUCCCGUGGUGGCCCGCCCGGAUUCUUGACAUCAACCUCGGCCAGAAGGCGGACGGGGAUCCCUCGUGGCAAGAAGCCAAAGUCUCGUGGUUCGGCUCACCAACCACGUCCUUCCUCUCGGUCUCAAAACUGUCCCCCUUCUCGGAGUUUUUCAAACUGCGGUUCAACCGGAAGAAGAAGGGGCUCUACCGGAAGGCCAUCGCCGAGGCCGCCAAGGCAGCGGACCACCUCAGCCCGGAGAUCCGAGACCUCCUGACGCAAUUUGAGACGUAGCCUGAGAUCCGGGGGCCAGGUAGCAGAAGAUAAGAGCACAGCUGCUCUCCUAAAAGUUGACAACUUGGGCAGACAUCCUGACAGGGUUGCGCGAGAUCUCGGGGCGGCCAUCUCCGGACCUGAGGAUGCGGAUGACUUUCACGCCGGGGACCGACACCCAGACCCGAAGCGAGACCAUUGCCCAGGAAGCCUGGAAAUGGCCCCCUCUCAGGAGACCAGCAACUACCAGAACUCUGAAUGUAUUUAUUACUUACCAGAAGAAAUGUUUGCUACCCUCUAUUGUUUUUUGUUGUUGAGUUGUUGUUUUUUUUAUUUUCCCUUCACAGAAAAUUCAGUUUAGAAAAUGAUUGCUGCUGCUGCUGCUGCUGCUUAAUUAUGGACUGUGCCCACCCAUAGUCCAGGAUAAAAGGCUGGGUGACACACUAUUCCGGAAAAGGGCUGUGGGAAACUGACGCUUGGGAGAACAAAAGCAGCGGACACUCCGCUGACACCGGGGUUGGGGGCGAGCGCUUCCGUCUUCCCAAAUGCUGUCGCAUCGCUUUUCUCCUCCCUGCACGCCAUCCCUCAGGCUGAGAAACAGGUGGAGUGGCAUUUAUCCCCAUCCGUAAGGAGGAGGGACCCGGGGCCCAGAGAGGUUGAGUGGCCAGCCCUUGGUCACACAGCUGGGGAGGGCCUUUCUGCCGGGCGCGGCCAAAAAGUCAGGGAUCAUGCAGCUGAUCACAACCUGCCAGGGCUCCACUGGGAAAUUAGGGCCGAGCGGGGGGCAAUCCGCCCGGAAUCCCGGACUUCCCUGCCCUUUUUGUGCUCACGGAAAAGCCACGCGACUAACAUGUCGGGGGCGGGAUUCCACUGGAUCCUUUCGCUGGAAGACCAGUGACACCUACCAAAUCAAGGAGGGGGUUUCUUUUUCAACCGAUAGAGAAAAAUUCCAGAUUUCGAAACCACUUGCCCUGAUGCUGGUUAAGGGUUUCUGUCUAUCCUUUUUGUUCCCCCCCCCCCCCCUUAAUGUCACUUUAAAGACCACAAGUAUGUGCUUGGAGGCAGAUUACUCUUCCAUCGGUUUUAAAGUAAGAAAAAUGAAAAAAAAAAGAAGUAUGUUAAAAGUUAUUAAAUGUACAGCUCCAGUAGUUUAAAUUUGUAUAUUUGCUUUAGUCAUGUGGACGGAACUUGAAAAUUGUCCCGAGGAUGCAGUUCAAUGGUACCGAACUUGCAGAUAUUAAAAUGUUAGUUU